AUGGCAUCUGCAACAGGACAGCAGUUCCUCGAGAUUGAAAUUAAAGAUGACACGAAGUAUGACAUUCGGGUCGAAAAUGCUCAUAUAGAUAGCGGCGAGUUUUAUAAUGAGGGUGAUCAAAACGAUACCCUAACAAACGACGACGUUGACGAUAUGGUUAUUCGCCAUAACGGUGGCUUGCGGCAUAUCUGUUCCUGCGGCGAAGAAAAAGGUUUCAAAGGGCUUCAAGGCACAAUUGACCUCGUCGACGACGUAAAGAAUGCCAAAAUUUGCACUCUAGCAUGGAAUGCUCCUAUGGAAGCCGGAAAAAAAAAUAUGUUCAUGAUGCGUGAUCAAGACCCACGAUACAAUAUCAAUAUUGGAAAGUGGAAUGAAUCUGGUAUCAUGGGCAAGGUUCCGGUUACCAUCAGCAGCGAGGAGUAG